AGUUCCAAUUCCAUUUUCAAAUAAUUUAGAACCGGAACCACCGGACUGAAAGGCCAGGGCCACUCUGUGUCUGUCUCACUGUUCGAACUCGAGAAGAGAAGAGAGGAGACACUGGCCGUGGCAGGCAUCGUAGUACAAGAGGACGACGCAGCGCCCUGACCCACCUACCCCACCACCACACAUUCCAUUCCCAUUUCCAUUAGCCCCACCCCAACCCAGGCCCGCGCCGAAGCGAAGCGGAGACCAGAUCACCAAGAGAAGUGCGACACACACACCUUCUCGCCAUCGUUUUCACCCCCUCCCUUAUAAAUACUCCUACCGCCCGCCUCGCCUCGUCUCGUCUCCUUUCGUUUUUUUUUCCUCCACUCCUCCGCCUCUUCUUCCGCCGCCGCGACGCGCCGUUGAUAGGUCUACGACGAUGUCGCCGCCGACGAACGGCGCCAUCUCGCUCGCGUUCCCGCCCAUGGGGCCGCUGCCGGCGGACGCGCUGAUCUACCCGUUCGACGGCCUCUCCUACGACGACUUCGUCCUCCCUGUCGCCGCCGCACCGCAGCAUCCGCUCCCCGUCGCCGUCGCCGACCCCGCGCCCCUCCUCCUCCUGCCGCCGCCGUCCUCCUGCACCUGCAACGGCGCCAGCAGCGGCAUGGGCGCCGUUGCGCCGCGCACGUUGGCUCUGGGCGCCACCACCGACGGCAGCGUGAUGACCCCCACCAGCUGGGGCAGCGACGGCGGCGGCGGCGGCUCCUCCUCCGCGCGGGCCGUGCGCUCGCCGUCGCCGGUGCUGCCGCUGGUGCAGGGCACCGGCCAGAGGACCUCCUGCUACCGCGGCGUGACCAGGCACAGGUGGACGGGGCGAUACGAGGCGCACCUGUGGGACAACACGUGCCGGCGAGAAGGCCAGAAGCGCAAGGGCCGCCAAGUUUACUUGGGUGGCUAUGACAUAGAAGAUAAGGCUGCUAGGGCAUAUGACCUUGCUGCUCUGAAAUAUUGGGGUGCUAAUGCUACCACUAACUUCCCUAAAGAAAGUUACGUGAAAGAGAUUGAGGAGAUGCAAAAGAUGAGCAAGCAGGAGCUUGUAGCCUCACUAAGGAGGAAGAGCAGUGGCUUUUCUAGAGGUGCAUCGAUCUACAGAGGUGUAACAAGGCACCACCAACAUGGCCGCUGGCAGGCAAGAAUUGGUCGUGUUGCAGGCAACAAGGACUUGUAUCUCGGCACCUUUGCGACCGAAGAAGAAGCAGCGGAGGCGUAUGACGUUGCAGCGCUGAAGUUCAGGGGCGCCAACGCCGUCACCAACUUCGAGCCAAGCCGGUACAACCUGGAAGCGAUCUCUCAGAGCGACCUCCCGAUCAGCGUGUCCGGGAGGCGGCACAACAGCAGCAGCAACAGCAACAAUCCAGCACCAGAAGCAGGAGGCCAAAUCACUCUGAUGAGCAGCCCGCCGAUCUCCCAGCAGUCGAGCAGCGCGCCACCGUAUCUCAUCCACAACCUCCUGCAGUUCCAGCCAUGUGGUCCCCCAUACGCACCACCACCACCACCACCACCACCACCACCACCACCACAGGCUCUUCCGCUGCCAGGAUCGUACAACUUUGCAGAGCCAGUAGGCUUCUACUGGCCCUACGGCGAUGGGGAGGAGCAGAAGGUUCAGCUCAACAGCAACAUGGUUGGAAUGGCUAGUGGUGGCUUUCUUCAUCUGGCCAAUGCUGCCAACUGAUCCCAGCGUCUGCAAUUGCUGGUGUUGUGUGGUUCUUGUGGAGAUUCCGAGGGAGUGAGAUUUUGGGUGGAUAUAGGAAGGGGGUCUUUUGGCUUUUGCUGCUGCCAUGGACUAACAACCUGAACAUAGAUAACAGCUGGAGUAGUGAACUUGACUAUGCUCGUUACAACAACAGUGGGUCUAAGCUCAAAAUGAGCUUGUGGUAUGCCCCAGAUAUGCUUAGUUGUUAAUUAAUGGUUUAUUUUGAACAAAAGUGGUUCAUAGCUUUCUACCAUGUUGUAUCCUUUUUAA